UGGCAAGAACAAGUUAUAGUUUCUUGAUCAUCCUUAUUACAACAUAUUUCAUGGACAUAGCCAAUGGCACCAACACUACCACCAAUGACCAGACCACACUUGUUAUCAUAAAAUCUCAUCUAUUUGAGCAGCAGCCUUCGCACCCGCUGCGCCGCAACUGGUCCUCCGCCACCUCUGUCUGCACUUGGGCCGGUGUCGCUUGCACCUCCCGGCGCCACCACCACCCCCGUCGAGUGACACGGCUGAACCUUGCUAGCCUAGGACUUGUAGGAACCAUCCCUCCUCAAUUAGGACACCUUUCGUUCCUCACUUACCUUAACAUCAGCGACAAUGGCUUCAAUGGGAGCUUGCCGGAUGAGGUGGCCGGAUUGCGCAGAUUGAGGGUUCUUGAUGCCGCGCAUAACUCCUUCUCCGGCCACAUUCCGGCUGGACUUGCCAAGUUGAUCAAGCUCAAGUGUUUGAAUCUAAGUAACAAUCAUUUCCAAGGUGCAAUUCCAAGAGAGAUUGGGGAUCUUGGCGAACUAGAGAUGCUUGUGUUAAGCAGCAACAAGAUUGCCGGGACAAUUCCUACACACAUUGCCAACUUAACCAAUCUUCGAAUGUUAGGACUACAUGAUAAUCAACUCACAGGUUCUAUACCAUCGGGCAUCUUCAACAUCUCGACGUUGCAAUACCUCUACUUAGCAAACAACGAGCUAUCGGGAACAUUGCCCGCGACAAUGGGACAAGACCUCCCGAUUCUUCGACAUCUUUUCCUUAACAAAAACAAUCUUCGAGGCCAAAUACCCGAAUCCAUCGCCAAUGCCUCGAUGCUCUCGAUACUCAGCCUCGAAACCAACCACUUCUCCGGUCCGAUUCCCACUUCUUUAGGCAACCUAAAGAACCUCAUUUGUUUGCAUCUCUUCCAAAACAUGUUCACAAGUGAUUCAUCUCAAGAACUACCCUUCCUUACAUCCUUAACAAACUCCAAAUACUUAAAAGACAUCAUCCUAGAUGAUAAUCCACUCCAUGCCUUUCUUCCUACUUCCAUAGGAAACUUUUCUUUCAAUUUCAAGAAGCUAACGAUCAAUGGCUGUCGAAUCAAGGGCGAACUACCGAAAGAGAUCGGAAACCUUAGCAACCUAAUCCAGUUAGAACUUAAGGACAACGAUCUCCAUGGAUCGGUCCCGGAAACCUUUCGAGGCAUGAGUAGCCUUCAGGGCCUGUUUCUUGGCGGGAACAACAUCGAAGGGCCUUUUCCUCAGAGCGUCUGCGAUCUUCACGCAUUGUCUGAAUUAAAUCUUAGCCAUAACGAGUUCUCCGGCGCCAUUCCCGGAUGCAUUGGGAAUGUUACGUCGUUACAGAGGAUCGAUCUUGGUUCGAACAUGUUUGGGUUCAGUCUACCGAUCGAUAUGUGGAACCUCGUUGAUCUAGUUGGUCUCGAUCUUUCGCGUAAUGCGUUCGAUGGUCACUUGUCGCAAGAAAUCGGGAGCUUGAAGACUAUUAACUACAUGGAUGUAUCAGAGAAUCGACUUACGGGGGAAAUUCCGUCGGGAUUCAGAAGUAUGACGAGCUUGAGCUACCUUUCGUUGGCGAAGAACGAGCUGGAGGGCGCAAUUCCAGCAUCCCUCGGCGAGAUAGCAAACAUCGCGCAGCUAGACUUGUCUUAUAAUAAUCUUUCGGGAGAGAUACCAACGACGUUGGAAAAGCUUCGUUUCUUGAGGUACAUCAACGUCUCGCAUAACAAGCUGCGGGGAUCGAUCCCAAUCGGAGGCUGGUUCGAGAGUGUCGAUGACUAUCGCCUCUUCGCGUCAAAUGAAGCCUUGUGUGGUCCUCCGAGGCUACGCAUCUCGCGUUGUCCCAGGAAACGUAGGAACAAAGUAUCGGUUAUAGUUAUCAUAUCGAUUGUGGUUGCAUCCUUCAUCGUCGUCGCGUCGUCUUGUUGGGCGAUGAGGUACAAACGUCGACACAGUUCGACCUCCCUCCAAGAGAGCAUUGAUCCGUCGUCGAAUGCAGUCUUCGCAAGAUUUUCUUACCAAGAAAUUCUCGAUGCGACCAGAGGAUUUAGCAGCGACAAUCUUCUGGGUUCGGGGAGCUUCGGGUCCGUCUACAAGGCAGCCUUCGAGAAUGGAUUGAUCUCGGCGGUGAAAGUGUUUGAUCCCCGAAACAGAGACGGCUUCAAGAGUUUCGAGAGGGAAUGCAAAGCGCUCGCCAACUUACGCCAUCGGAACCUCACUCAAGUGGUAAGUUCCUGCUCAAACCUCGACUUCAAGGCCUUGAUUCUCGAGUACAUGCCCAACGGAAGCCUCGACGAUUGGCUGCACACGGAGGGAAAGUUUCUCGGAAUCAUGCAGAGGUUAGACAUAAUGAUCGAUGUUGCUUCGGCGCUCGAAUACCUGCAUCACGAGUAUCAUACGCCGGUCAUCCAUUGCGACUUGAAGCCUAGCAACAUUCUGUUGGACAAAGACAUGGUCGGACAUGUCACCGAUUUCGGGAUAAUGAAGUUGCUGGGGAAGGAUGAAACUUGCGCGCAUACGGAGACUCUCGCAACGUUGGGCUACAUUGCACCAGAGUUUGGACUGAACGGAAUAGUAUCGAGCGCAUCAGACGUAUACAGCUACGGCAUCCUGUUGAUGGAAACAUUUACAAGGAAAAGACCAAGCGAUGAGAUGUUCAGUUCAGACAUGAGCAUAAGGAAAUGGAUCGAUUCUUUGAGACCAAAUGGACUAAGGGAAGCUACAGAACUGAAAGCAGAAGAUAAGCAUUUCAUUCGACAUUUGCAGUGUGUUUCAAUGAUCAUCGAUUUAGCGUUGGCUUGCACUGUUGAAUACCCGAAGGACAGAGUGAACAUCAAGGAUGUCCGAAGCACACUUCAAAGCAUCAAACAUAGGUUUUCUGAGAAGCUAUGAGUGUAAGAAAUAUGCAGUUUGAACUUACUUUCUAUGAUAUUUGUAAUCUCUAUAUAUCAGAAAUGGUACCUU